AUGGCGUCACGAAAGAAGGUUCUCCUCAAGGUGAUUAUCCUUGGUGACAGUGGCGUCGGCAAAACCAGUUUGAUGAACCAAUACGUCAAUAAGAAGUUCAGCGGCAGCUAUAAGGCAACCAUCGGAGCUGACUUCCUCACCAAAGAAGUGCUGGUUGAUGACCGAUUGGUGACUAUGCAGAUUUGGGACACUGCUGGUCAGGAACGGUUCCAAUCUUUAGGCGUGGCCUUUUACCGAGGCGCCGAUUGCUGCGUCCUGGUCUACGAUGUGAAUAACUCCAAGAGUUUCGAAGCGCUCGACAGCUGGCGAGACGAAUUCCUCAUCCAGGCCAGCCCCCGAGACCCCGAGAGCUUUCCUUUUGUCGUCAUUGGCAACAAGAUUGAUGUGGAAGAGAACAAGCGCAUGAUCUCUUCGAAACGAGCCAUGACUUUCUGCCAAUCUAAGGGCAACAUUCCAUACUUCGAGACCAGUGCCAAAGAAGCAGUGAAUGUUGAACAAGCUUUUGAAGUCAUUGCCCGAAGUGCUCUUGCGCAGGAAGAGGCCGAAGAGUUCAGCGGAGAAUUCAGUGACCCUAUCAACAUCCAUCUGGACAAUGAGCGCGAUGGCUGUGCCUGUUAA